GAAGAAACAGAAAUGUGGAAAAUAAGGGAGUGGGAGAAGCAAACAGAAGAGACUUACUGGAAAAGGCAAAGCAGAAUGCUGUCAGACACCUCCAGUCGGAUGCGCAGUGAUGGCUUUGAUGAGGAAGGCCACAGGGCUGACUGGAGAACAAAGAACUCUCAGUUUCUGGACCUAGUGGAAGAUGAUCUCCUUCGGGCCAGAUCCUGGAAUAAAAAGCUGUAUGAAUGUGAAGCCAACAUGCCCGACAGAUGGGGUCACAGUGGCUAUAAAGAGUUGUACCCUGAAGAAUUUGAUACAGAUAGCGACCAGCAAGAAGGAGAUGAACAAAAUGCCGUCAAUGGGAAAAAAAAAUCUCAGCCAGGCAAGCCAAGUGCCCGUGAGUCACACAAACGGAGAAGGACAAAGAAAUCCCACAAGAAGAAGCAAAAAAAGCGAUCGCACAAAAAGCGGAAGAAAAAGAAAAAGGAGCAGGGGAGAACAUCCUCUGAGUCCUCCCGGGAGAGCUCCGGGGAGGAGACGCCCGGCACCCGCAGGGGCAAACACCGGCGCAAGAAAAAGACCAGGAAAGUGCCUGCCAGGGAACCUACCUCCUCUUCUGGGCAGGAAAGUGACUUUUCUCAUGCAAGCAGCUCAACCACCAGCAGCUCGGAGGACAGUGAGUCUGAGGAAAAAAAAGAGAAAAGGCCCCCAAAAAAGAGAAAGAAACGUGACAGUUCUGUGUCGGAGCGGCACAGCGAAGUACCAGAGAAGAAGAACAAGAGGAAGAACUGGAAAGUGGCCGCUGAUGAGAAAUCAGAGGAUAGCUCAGAUGAGGACUGA